AUGAAAGUAUCACAAGUUUUGAUUUCCGCCGUCUCUGUCUUCGGCCUCGCUACUAGCGUAAAUGCUCAAAACGCUUCCAACACUACGAGUAACGCUGCUCCUGCUUUGCACGCUCAAAAUGGCCAACUGUUAAACGCUGGAGUCGUCGGUGCCGCCGUCGGUGGUGCUUUGGCCUUUUUGAUUUAG